CAACUAUUGCGGGCAAUAUUUUAUUUUUAAAACGCAGUAAAUUCAUACGAAAUCCUUGAUAAUGAGGCGCUCCAAAGCUCCUUCAAUGGUUAGUAAAAACAAACGUUUCUGCAACAAUCCCGAAAACAAUAAGGAUUCCGAAGAAACUCAUGGUUCUGAUCCAGAAGAUGAAUCAUCGCUUAAAUGGGGCUCUAAAAACAAUCCACCUGACUUGGGCAGGAACAAGCGUGUCUUUAACAUAGUGUGGCGUGAUGUUACAAACAAAAAGCAUAAAACAUGGAAGGGAGAUGGUUCAUUGGAAGUUAAUUUAGCCACCAUGAAGGCUGUUCUAAAGGAUGAAGACGGAAAAUACUUGGGAUGUACUACAAGAUUUAAAGUAGCAGAUUUGGUGGAAGACUUUCAGCUGGUGGUGAGUGGAAAAGAAAUUGAAAUACAAAAUGAGAUAACAGAUGAGGAGGAACUUUACGAACUUCGAAAAAGAGAAAUGAAAAAUCGUAAUUGGGGAGCUGAAGAAUGGAUGUCGCCGGAGGACAAGGCGGAGGAGGAGAAAAAACCUAAGGGAGGAUUCUACUUUAAACCAGUGCUAGUUUUGAAAUCACCAAAAAUAGCAAAGGCAACGAUGAAAACCUACGAUACAAAGCAAGUAUAUGAAAAUGAGACUUGGGGAUCCACAAAGCAAGGCUUGAAAAAAGUAAUAGAAAGUUCCCUUGGUAGUCAGAACUGUAAUUUCAGAAACGAUAUGCAUGCUUCCACUUCCAACAUACGCUUAAGCAAAAACCCAAAAGCUUACAAACAUCGCAGCUAUAUAUGCUUUAUUAAGCCCUCCGAGCUACAACAAUACCUAUUCCAUCAAAUAAACGAAUACUACUACCAAUGCAAGCAAAGUCAUGAUGGUGAUUUAAUAAAUGCCACUAAUUUAUCACACGUUCUUGAGCAAAUUUGUAAUCACCCUUCAUUUAUAAAACACAUUCCCAGCUCCAAUGAUAUUGUACAAUAUCUAGCACCGUUGUUACCUGUUUGGUCAGAAAUGGGCCCUUUCGACUCGGGGAAACUAGAAUUUGUACAGUACUAUCUGCAGCCUUCAGCUGUGCAGGAAAACGACAACAUUGUUAUGAUCUCUAAAAAUGUGAAUGCCUUGAAUAUGUUGCAAGGAUUGUGUGAUUUUAUGAAUAUUAAAUGUUUAAGAUUAACUCACCAGGACACAGAGGCUAGCAAAACGCAAAUAUUAAACGACUAUAGGUCUGAAGGACAAGGAAGAAAAGUAUUGCUUACAAACAAGAUACUCUGCCUGAAGGAAGGCAAUUUCAGCUAUAAAAAGCCAAACAUAAUUGUUUUUGAUAAUAUUGCAGAAACUAUAAAGGAGCUUAAGCUUAUGAAUAAUUUGAAACUAGCAAAUAUUUACUUUUUGGUAACAGCUUUUAGCAUUGAGGAAUUUUUAAUUUUUCCGAAAGGGCAGGAACGAAUUAAUGCUACACAUGUUGAAGAAAUAUUAAAUCUGUACAACACAGAUUUUAAUGAUACAGUCUGUUAUGUACAUUCUAAACUGGAUUGUAAUUGCUUGGAAGGGAAUACCUGUUCUAAUUCUAACAGCAAAGACUUGUUUGAUUUUAAUAAUUGGCAGCAUAUGAUGACACCUUUUGAUGGACAAUUUUUAAAGGAGUCCUGUUUAGAAAAUCCUUCGGAGAAUCUUGUUACCAUAUUCUUUACCAUGGAACACUGAAUAGACAGACCCAAAAUUUUUGGCUAUAUUAGAAAAAUUAAGUUCAGUAUUUAUGUAUGUUAAAUAUUUUGGAAAUAAGA